AUGACAUCUCAGAAUAGGACGACUAAGAUCCCACAGAAAGUCAUGCGUUAUCUGCCCUUGAAACCUAGGCUACAGCGAUUGUAUAUGUCGACUCAUACUGCCACAGACAUGAGAUGGCAUAAGGAGAAACGGGUAGACAACGAUGUGAUGCGGCAUCCUGCAGAUGGGGAAGCAUGGAAAGAGUUCGAUCGAACGUUGCCCGACUUUGCUGUUGAUCCUCGAAAUGUUAGAUUGGGACUUGCCACUGACGGAUUCAAUCCGUACGGGGUUCUAAACCAACACCACAGCACUUGGCCGAUUUUUGUAUUUCCAUAUAAUUUGCCGCCUUGGAAAUGCAUGAAAAAAGAGUACAUGAUGAUGACUAUUUUGAUAACUGAGGAUCCUGGCAGGUCAAUCGAUGUUUACUUACGGCCGUUGGUUGAUGAGCUCAAAGAUUUAUGGACAAACGGUGUGUGCACGUACGAUAAAGCCACUAGGAAGAUGUUCACUUUGCGGGCAGCAGUGAUGUGGACUGUAAAUGAUUUUCCCGCAUAUGCAAUGGUUUCUAGGUGGAGCACAAAGGGUUAUAUGGCAUGCCCUGUAUGCAAGGAAAGUGUAACUUCUGGUUGGAACGCGGGAAAAGUUUGUUAUCUUGGUCAUCGAAGAUGGUUGUCAUGGGACCACGAGUGGUGGGAAAAGGAUAAAGGGUUUGACGGGAACACAGAGCAUCGCCUCAGACCUAGAGAAUGGUCCGGUGAUGAGAUCUUGGAACAGCUAAACCGUUUGGAUUUUUCUCCGUUCGGGAAAACAGUUACUCGGACCAGACCUUCUACACAUUUGAACUGGACGCACAAGUCUAUGUUUUUUGAGCUCCCAUAUUGGUCGAAACUAAAAUUGAGGCACAAUCUUGACGUUAUGCAUGUUGAGAAAAAUGUCUUUAACACAUUGCUGGGCACGAUUCUAGAUAUCAAGGGUAAGACAAAGGACACGAUCAAAGCUCGUCUUGAUUUGGAAAUAAUGGGCAUACGAAGAGGUUUAUGGAUGAACAUGGACGGUGAUAAAGCUAGAAGGGAUCUGGCAUUUUUUGCCAUGAAACCGAAUGACAAAAAAGAUUUUAUACAAUUUGUAUCGUCGGUAAAGUUUCCCGAUGGGUAUGCUUCUAAUAUUGCGCGUUGCGUGAAUGUUGACGGGGGUAAAUUUACUGGACUGAAGAGCCAUGACUGCCAUGUGUUUAUGCAACGCCUACUUCCUGUGGGUAUUCGACACCUUUUGCCAGAAGAUGUAGUGAAACCAAUCAUGUUGUUGUCCAGAUUUUUUUCCCAACUGACGGCAAAAACAUUGCGAAAGACAGACAUUAAUCAGUUGCGCCAUGACAUUGUCCAAGUCCUAUGCAAGUUCGAGAUGAUAUUCCCUCCAGCUUUCUUCACAAGUAUGAUCCACGUGAUGGUUCAUUUGCCAGAAGAGGCAUUACUCGCUGGUCCUGUAAACUAUGGCUGGAUGUAUCCAAUAGAAAUGCUUCUCGGAGAGUUGAAAAAAACUGUACGCAACAGGGCGAAACCCGAAGGAUCAAUUAUAGAGGCUUGGUUUCAAUAUGAGUCGCUUACUUUCUGUGGAAUGUAUUUAAAAGAUGUGGACACGGCUUUCAAUUGUCCUCAACGCAAUAAUGACGCAGGUCUGAGAAAUGAGAAACUUUAUGUUUUCGCCCAAAGCGCACGACCCUUUGGAGAUCCGGUACGAGGAGAGUCGUUUUCCAGAAAUGACAUGGAGGUAGCGCAUUGGUUCAUACUUAACAAUUGUGAUGAGAUAAUGUCAUACUUAGAUGAGCAUGAAGAGAUGAUGAAGCGAGAACAUCUAUCACAUUUGUAUGCCAAGAAACACCGUGAUUUGUUUCCAAAAUGGUUUUUGGAAUAUGUGAAUAAGUUGAAAUCAUCGAAUUCACCCUCUUACAGUGAAGAGUUAUAUAACUUGGCGUUCGGCCCGAUUCGCACUGAAUUAUUCUCGGGUUGCCAUGUUAAUGGUGUAAAGUUUUUGGGGACUGCAAGAGAUGACAAGUUGUGUACGCAAAACAGCGGUGUCCAUGUUCCAGGUGGUGGCGAAAGUACUGACAUUGAUUUCUAUGGCAAACUCACAACUGUCGUGCAAUUGCUUUACAAAGACCGAUACCAAGUGAUCAUGUUUAAGUGUCGAUGGUUUGAUACAAACCCAAAUAGACAGGGAAGUGUUAAAAUAGAACACGGCUUACUAUCAGUGAACAUUAACAGAACUUGGUAUGAUGACGACCCUUACGUUUUGGCAAACAUGGCAAGACAGAUUGUGUAUCUAGAUGACCUUAAAGCCGGAAGCGGUUGGAAGGUUGCUCAGCAGAUGGAUCAGAGGAACGUGUAUGCUAUACCAAAACUAGACCCAACUGACAACGACGUCGACAACGUCACUGACUAA